ACAACAUGUCUGCCAGCAGCAGUCAAUCUUGGUCCACGCUCUUUCUUUCUCUAUGAUUCUCACUGUAUAUAAUUUGGGGGGUGGAGGUGGGGAAGUUUGAGCCGGAAUGCUGGCGAUGCAUGGGGUGGAGUUCUUCAUCUUGGCGUUCAUAGCCGCCGCCGCCGCGUCGGUGGUGUACGGCGGUGGAUUUCCGGCGAGUCUUCUGACUCUGGAGAGGGCUUUUCCGGCGAACCAGCAUGGCGAGCUUGAGGUUCUCAGAGCUCGGGACCGAUCAAGACACGCCCGAAUCUUGCAAGGUGUGGUCAGCGGCGUCGUCAAUUUCUCACUCCUCGGAAAUCAAUUCCUGGGCGGGCUUUAUUUUACAAGAGUUAAAUUGGGUUCUCCACCAAAGGAAUUCAGUGUGCAGAUUGAUACUGGAAGUGACAUGUGGGUUACUUGCAAUUCCUGCAAUAACUGCCCCAAAUCAAGUGACCUUGGUAUUAAGCUCAAUUUCUUUGAUCCUGCCAGCUCAGCAACUGCUUCUCUGGUUUCUUGUUCAGAUCCAAUAUGUGCUUCUAUAAUUCAAACUGCGGCUGCUGAAUGCUCUGCUCAGAGUAAUCAGUGCGGUUAUUCAUUUCAGUAUACAGAUGGAAGUGGGACGUCUGGUUUUUAUGUAUCUGAUUUUCUGUAUUUUGACACAAUUAUGGGGCCGUCUUUGGUCACACUCUUCGCCCCAAUUGUUUUCGGGUGUAGCACCAAUCAGUCUGGGGACUUAAUUAUGCCAGAUAAAGCAAUAGAUGGGAUUUUUGGGUUUGGUCGACAGGGUCUGUCUGUCAUAUCACAGUUGUCAUCCCGAGGGAUUACUCCCAAGGUUUUCUCCCACUGCUUGAAAGGAGAUGGCAAUGGUGGCGGAUUAUUAGUUCUUGAUGAGAUUAUGGAUCCAAACAUCGUCUAUAGUCCCCUUGUCCCGUCACAGUCUCAUUAUAAUUUGGAUCUCCAGAACAUUGCUGUCAAUGGCCAAUUGUUGCCUAUUGAUCCAGCAGUGUUUGCAACAUCAAGCAACCGAGGAACCAUUGUUGAUUCUGGAACAACUUUGGCAUACCUGGUGGAAGAAGCUUAUGAUCCUUUCGUCAAUGCU